GUAGUGUCCCGUCACUAGCUGCUGGCCUUUUCUUUGGGAGUUUGGCUGGACUGGGUGCCUAUCAGCUCUCACAGAAUCCAAAUAAUGUUUGGAUUUCUCUGAUUACAUCUGGAACGCUGACUGCUGUCAUGGGAACAAGAUUUUACAACUCUGGAAAAUUCAUGCCUGCAGGGCUAAUUGCUGGUGUCAGUUUGCUAAUGGUUGGAAGAUUAGCACUGAAGAUGGUGGAAAAGCCCCAUGAUUAG